UAGACUUUUAUUUUAAUUUAGGUAAUUGAUAGGGGGAAAAUGUAGAUUAGAUAGUUCGAAAUGAGUUUCAGCUUUCGAUUGUUUUACGCUUUUUAAAAAGUUAUGACUGACGCAUGACACCCCGGAUUUUAAUAAUUAAUUAUUAAUUAAGUAUUAAUUCAAAAUUCCAGUUGAUUAAAUUGUGUUUGAAAAUUGGAGUGAAAAUAAUCAGAUGAAUCAAUGAGGAGAUUUUGGUAUGGCCGCGAGACUGAGCUCCCUGAGCCCAAGAAACUCGGAGAUAAGCGCUCUUGAGGAGCGAGGCUAUCUCAUUGGCAAGAAGAUUGGACAGGGAUCGUACGCAACGGUACACCUCGCCGAAUAUGUUGCGGGUAGUGGUACAAAGAAAAUGCGCUUGGCGUGUAAAAUAUUCGACCGUGAAAAAGCGCCGAGUGAUUUCCUGGAGAAAUUUUUCCCCCGGGAACUGGAGAUUCUGACAAAAAUAGAAAAUCCUCACAUCAUACAAGUCCACAGCAUCCUGCAACGAGGCCCUCGUGUCUUCAUCUUCAUGCGGUGUGCAGACAACGGUGACCUCCUGGACUACGUUCUCCGUCACAAACAAGUCCCCGAGCCCCAGUCCCAGGCGUGGUUUCGACAGAUGGCCUCGGGCCUGCACUACCUCCACUCCAAGAACAUCGCACAUCGUGACCUGAAGUGUGAGAAUAUUCUCCUCUCCAGGAAGUUCCACGUGAAACUCGCGGACUUUGGAUUCGCCAGGUUCUGCGUGGACUCCGAUAACCGAAGGAUCCUGAGCCACACGUACUGCGGUUCAGCAGCUUAUGCAGCACCAGAAGUCGUCUCCGGAACCCCCUACAACCCGAAGCUCGCAGACGUCUGGUCCCUCGGGAUAAUCCUCUACAUAAUGCUCAACGGGACGAUGCCCUUCAACGACGACAACCUGACGAAGUUACUGCGCGACCAGAUGUCCAGGAACUGGGUGUUUGGAUCCAGGACCCAAGAAACUGUCUCACAAACAGCUAAAAGUGUUGUACGUCACAUCCUGGAGCCGGAUAUCACCCAGAGGUUCACCCUGGAUAAAGUUUUAUCGCACGAGUGGGUGAGAGGGAAGAGGGAUAAAUCCGGGAGUGGAGCCAAGGGAAUUCACACUGGACAGUCGCAGGUCAUGGGGAUGAGGCUCUUCAAGAAUGGCGAGAAACUCCAGGAGAAUCAUUCCAGGUCUUCCAGGGACGUGGGACACAGCGAGGGCUCACAGAAAAGAGAAAGCAAUGUCUGAAUGUUAAAUAAAUUAUCAUAUCCCAUUGUAUGUACCAAAAUUAAAUAAAAAAU